ACCAUCAACCCCUCCUCCCACUGCAACCCCAACCACCUCAGCUACUUCAAGUUCGUGGGGCGCAUCGUGGCCAAGGCCGUCUACGACAACCGUCUCCUCGAGUGUUAUUUCACCCGUUCUUUCUAUAAGCACAUCCUGGGCAAGUCUGUCCGGUACACGGACAUGGAGAGCGAAGACUACCACUUCUACCAGGGUCUGGUCUACCUGCUGGAGAACGACGUCUCCACCCUGGGCUACGACCUCACCUUCAGCACCGAGGUGCAGGAGUUCGGGGUGUGCGAGGUGCGGGACCUGAAGCCCAACGGGGCCAACGUCCUGGUGACGGAGGAGAACAAGAAGGAAUACGUCCACCUCGUCUGCCAGAUGCGCAUGACUGGCGCUAUCCGGAAACAGCUCGCCGCGUUUUUGGAGGGUUUUUACGAGAUCAUCCCCAAACGCCUCAUCUCCAUAUUCACGGAAC